AUGGACAAGCGUUUGCCCCCUGAGCAAUUGAUGAAACUCUUCUCCUAUCUGGAUGCCUUCACUUUGCUACAGGUUGCCCAAGUGAGCAAGAGCUGGAAUGCAGUUGCAAGCAGUGAUGUCCUGUGGAGGAAGUUCUGUCAGAAGAGAUGGCUCUUCUGUGACAAGGUCAACCUACACCUCCUGGGCACAGAGACAUGGAAGCAAUUCUAUGUUUACCGAACAUGGCAAGAACACACCAAGUCCCGGGCAAAACCAAGAGAUUUCAUUUACAAAGAAAUUCCUGUGGAUUUUGGAGUUCAGGCAAAUGCAUAUUAUAUCUCAGGGUGUGGCUUAACAAGAAACGGACAAGGCAAGUCGGUUGUCUGUAUGGUGACUUCCAUGAUCAAGAUUUCCACCUGGGAUAUUCAUGAGGGUGUUAUGACCUGGGAAAGCCCCGUACAGCCUGCCUAUAUCCACCUGUUAACUACCCUCCCUGAGAUGCACAUUGCGGUCACUGUAGAUGUAGAAGCAACUAUCAAACUGUGGGACUGUAAGAGCAGGAACCCUCUGGCGAUGAACAACCUGUUCUCUCCCUGUCAAUCACUGAAUGCUGUUGAUACCCAGGAUGGCCCGAUUGUCUUGGCAGGAGAUACCUCAGGUAACCUCUACAUCUUUAGGAUUCCCGACUUACACCUCAUUUCCAGAGUCAAUGUAUUCCCAUACGGUAUUGAUGGAAUCUACUGCUCUCCUCAGAAGAAAUGGGUCUUUCUGAAUAAGAAACACCCACAUAUCUUCCCAAAGGUGUUUUUAAUGAGCAGCUUACUGAGGACAUCAGAAUUCUCUGCACCUGUGUCUACCAGUCUCGAAUUUUUAUUAUGCCAAAGAGCCUUCUGGACCCCAAGAAGGGAAGACAGGAUAACACUGAUGUGCAGAAGUGGCCCCAAAAAACCCACAAAGUUUAUCACAUUUAAUAUGAAGCUGGAAAACAUCGGGAACCAAUUAAGUGUUAAAGGACAUUUGUUUUCAAGCUUCUCAUUGCAAGAAGAGAGCCCGGAAUGGAUGGGAGUCAGUGAUAAGGACGUGAUUGUUUGUUCAUCUGGGUCCUCUCUCCUGCUCUUCAGAAUGGAUGGUCAAUGUGUGCAGACAUGUCAGUAUGGCACUGAAGAGAUCUUGAGACUAUGGGUGGACCCCAUUCAUGUCAUUGUCACCUUUGAAGAUGGCUCUUUGGAGGUGUAUGCAUGGGAGGAGAGAACCCCGAGGCUCAGGAGGUGUUAUUGGCUUCAAAACAGGAGAUCUCUGCCACCGCAAAACAUCCUUAACAAAAUGGAGUGUGAUGGCAUGAGCAUAAUUCAAGUGAUGACAAAUAGUCCCGCCCCCUGCUUUCUCAUGGCAUAUACCUUGAAAUCUGAUCUUGAAAACUGA